CCUGCUGCCGGGGCAGCCAAGGGGGGAGCGCUGCGCGCGCGCGGGGCUGCGGAGCCGGGCGGAGUCUGCAGCCGCCUCCCGCUCGCCACCAUGUUCCAGGGCCCCGAGACCGACUCGGCCAAGCCCAGCUCCAGGGUAUUAAAACCCCCUGGAGGUGGGUCUAGUAAUCUCUUUGGGAAUGCAGAAGAAGUUUCUUCUUCCAGCAGGCCACACCGGAUGGCAUCUAAUAUCUUUGGAGCAUCUGAAGAACCUCAGAACAUUCCAAAAAGAACAAACCCUCCAGGGGGGAAAGAAAGUGGCAUUUUUGAGGAUCCUAGUUCGGCUCAGCCUCGUCCACGUAUAAAUCCACCUGGUGGGAAGACAAGCGAUAUCUUUGGGUCUCCAGUAUCUACCAGUGUUGUGCGAGCGCAUCCAAACAAGCCUAAGGAUCAUAUUGUCUUGAAAGAAGAUGAAACACCAAAGAAGCUAGAAGCUACAGAAAACAACAAAUCACAGCUGGAAGGUGGAGGUGAGAAAAAAGAUACGGGCAAAGAGGAGCGACUUAAGGAACCAGAACCCAAGAUAGACAAUCAUGAGCCCAGAUUAGGGCCAAGGCCACGUUCGCACAACAAAGUUCUCAAUCCCCCUGGUGGGAAAUCCAGCAUUGCAUUCUAUUAGGGACAUCUGUUCACUUUCACUAACUGAGUCUGCACAGAAACUCUUGUCUGUGGUUGUGAGGUCAGUUUAUAGACUAUUGUUUGUGGACAGAUUCUUCUUAAGGCAGAUGUAUGAGGGUUAUGCCAAAGUGAAGAAAGGAUAACCUGAUAAUUUUGGGAGGGAGGGUUGGGAGGGAAAGGGUGACGUGUGGAAGACUUUUGAGUAUCAGACUACCUGGGUGGGUGGUGGAGAGGGACAUUAGUGUGAUAUCGUGGGGAAAAAAAAUGCUGCUUUGUUGUGAAUUCAUCAGACUUAGGUUCUUAGCUAGCUAGUGGCUCAGGACACUCUUGUGGAGUCAGGCUUUUCCAUGCAUUCAGUGUGUAAAGCGUUGUGAGUGGGUAGGGACCUGAAGGCCAGGUCUGGAAUAGUCUUAAGCACAGCAGUAGGCAAUGCUCUUCCCUAGGUAAUAUAAUGCAGCUUCAUGGUGUGAGUUGAUUGGCAGUCACUUUAAUGUAAAUAUGUUCCAUUGGGACAAUUAGUGCUGUUGUGUCCUUGAGCAUCUGUAGUCUUCGGUUCUUUUUCUCCUUCCUUCUUCCUUCUUAGUACAUGAUUGCUAAUACAAGGGCAAAACAUUUUGAAAAUUUCUCUUAUACUCUCAUAAGCCAUCAUGUAUUAGUAAACGUUUUAGUGUUUCCUCAGAGUAUUCAGGCCUUUCUGCUGCCUUCAGUAAUGUCUUGAGUACUAGUAGCUCUUGACAAAUGGUAAAAUCAGUCUAAUAUGCCGUUUCAUGUAGGAGCUUCCAGAAGACUUUUAUUUGAAGUAUCUUGGUUGAGUACUUGCAGAUUUCCUGGUAAGGAUUUGGGUGCAAACAGUAGCUUUAUGGUUGUCUUUGAACAGAAGCAACUUUAAGUAUACAGUUAGCAUGGAGAAUAAACUGAGAUGUCUAGUUAGCUAGCUUUGACCCAACCUUUAUAGAAAUGCCUUAGCUUCUGCAGAGGUUUUUCCUUUAUGCCCUGCAGAAACCAGGAUUGUUCUACUGUCUUCACCACAGUGCAAUUUUUUUGUUUGUCUGUGCUGACUCCGUUAGUGAAUUCUUAUGUCUUUAGUCAGCCUUAUCUUUGCCUUUGACUGCCUCAGACUUUUGUUGGUAAGGGGUGAGAGCAACUUGGAUUAUCCCCCAAGCCACAGUUCUAGCUGUGAGACACACUGUAGACUAUCCUAGCUGGACAAAGACUUUAGCAAUACAGACCUUCUUGGCAUGCUGGCUACCUUAAAUCAUGUUUGGAAGAGGUGCGUAUAGUUUUUUCACAAACUGCAUUGGGGAGGAUUGCUCCAUCAUUCAUUCUCUGAAUGGACUUUCUGAUCAUACCACACUUUGAUACUUGAAUGUUAACACUAACUGCUUAGACUGAUCAAUGUGUUUAAUGAUGACUUUUUAAAUCUGACAUAUCAAAACAGGAGUUGUUCAGGUACACCAAAGAACAAGUGGCCUUAUCUGCAUUUAUUCACUGCUGUUAUAGCCCGAGUUCCCUAAAAACUACUACUCUUUAGAGGAGACUGUCUCUGGGCCAGGUGCUGAUCAUCCUCUGAUUAUAGAGCUUGUUAUACUGCUCUGUUCAGCUCAUGUCAGAAGAGGUGGAUGACUGUAUAAAGAUCUAGCUGCCAGCUGGUGAAAGUGGAGUAUCUGGGGGUAGUGGUAAGGGUAAGAAUAGCCCUGGAAAGUAGGAGUUUCAAUGCCUUUGUACCUUUUGGAUAGACGUGGAGCUCCCUGUUAUUUGCCUCCCUGGGAGAACAUACAGUGAUCCUGAUUGCAACCCUGUAUUGGAGUUACGUUACUUCCUAAUGUGUAUUUCCUACCAGCUAUUCUUGAGUCUCACUCCUGGUUGAGUCUCAGAGGUUUCUGUCUUUCAUAUCUGUUUCAGUACUGACAGGGUUUUAAGAGGUAACUAGAUAAGACAAAUCAAGAGCAUGUUCAUUGAAGGGUCUGGAUGUAAUUAACUCACUUUAGAUUUGGCAUCAUUUAGUACCUUAAACAUUAGGUAGAAAUACUGGUGUGUAUUGGCUACAGUGCCUGUCUUUUAAACAGCAACUUCCAACUAGGCCUUAAAUUAGCUAAACUGUGUUCAUUUUCUUAUAUUUUCUUCUUUGGAAUCAAAAUCAUGUUUUAAACUCAUCCAGCAAAUUUGAUAAGAACAUUUCUUCUUCCUAAAAUGGGCAGAAGGGGAUUGGAAAUCAACUGAUAAAUCGUGAACUUGUCAAUAAACCUCUGUAUUUUGUUA